GUGUGUGUAUAUAGCUAUGUAAUCAUUCGUUGCAUAUUUUUUUGGUUGUAUUUUUCUACAAUCUGAAAUAUAGAUGAUUUUAAAUAAACUAAAAACCGUAAAAAUAAAAAUAAUUUUGUGAUUAAAGAUUAUUAUUUGUUAUAAAAAUAUUUAUUUGCGUUUAUAGUUAUAUGAAUUUUUCAUUUAUGAUGGCCACUCUUCAGUAUUGAUACAACAAAAGAAAAUACUUGACUGAAAACAAGUAUUUACUGUUGAAAAAAUUUUAAUUUCAAAAGAAUAUGCCAGAUAGUGCAGCAGUUUAUCAACCUACAACUGUAGGUUAUUCUUAUGAAGUUGGAGGUGAUGGAAAUGAAAGUGGUGUUGGACGUGGAGGAGGUUCAGGAAUUCGACAUGGAUUUUCCAGAAUUGUUUUUAGACAUAAAGUGAGUACUCGAAAAUGGUUAGAAUGGGUUCUCUUGUCAGUAGCACUGUGUGCUACAGUUGCUGGAUUAACAACAAUGCUAGUAAAUGUUAUAUCUUCUGACAACAAUCAUGUCAAUGAAAUCAAGGAUAGUAAAAACUUUUCAUAUACGGAAACUAAAAUGGAUAAUAAUACGAAUACCGAUUCAUCUCAAGGAUCAUUGGCUGCUGGUGCAAGUAUAACACUUUUAGGACUAGUAAUGGGUGCUCUUUGGGCAUGGUUACGAUUUUUCCGCCAUGGUGGUAAAUCACAACGAAGUGGAAUAAGUAGAGCUAGUGGACAGAUGUUGGGCGGUUUGAAUCCAUCAACUGACUUGCUGGUGGGUUCAACUUCGCAGUACGGGCCAGUACUUACUGAGGUGCCAAGCCAGAUGAUUAAUAAGCAACUAAUUAAUGAAACACGAGCCAUUCCAUUAUCUGAUCAAGAAGAAGAAACUCAUACUUUGAUGCCGGAUUCGACGAUCAAUCCAAUACCGUUGACUAAUGACUCCAAUCACAGUUCCAGUCAAAUAGCAGGUUGAGUGUAGAAAACAUCAAUGAAGUAUAAUUACAAUAGUUUUCAUCUUCUUCAACGCUAUUUUUUUUACUUAGAAAAUUAAAUAGUUAUUUAUUGAUAAUUAAAACAAAAUACUUGUUCUUCAUAAUAAUUGUAUUUUAUUAUAAAUGAUUUUUUAUUAAUAUUAUUAUUUUUUUAAAUUUUUAUUAUUAUGAAUUUAUGAAACGUAUCUUAUAUCAAUACUAAUAAUCUGUAACUAAAGGCACAAAA